AUGGCAAUUCCUUCCACUUUCUCGACUCAAGCAAACGCGCUUCUCAGAAAGAACUUAACCUUCCAGAAACGCAACAAGAAGACAAACAUUCGGCUGAUUCUAUUCCCGUUCGUCCUCUGCGUCUUUCUGUUUCUCCUCCAACCUUUAAUCGACAAUCAAUUCGAUAAACCCCAAUUCAAAUGCGGUUGCGUUUGUAUCAACAACAGCACUACGUGUAACGGCUCAGAGAAGCUUUGUGGAAUUGAGUAUUCCGAUCAGAAUCAAGUUUUAGCGUGUGCUGUUCCUAGUCCACCGGAAUGGCCUCCUCUCUUGCAACUUCCGCCAGGAAAGCCGUGGUAUCCGCCGCUUUAUACCAUGCUCUUCACAGCUGAGAAUCACUCCUUUGGACAGAUUGUGUCUGACAAUAUGUUUCCGACUGUUUUAACUAUGGAAUACUCUGAUAUCAUGGCUAGUUUGGCAUCAAAUAUGCUGGGAUCUGAGGCAAUGCCGGAGAGCAACAAUUUUCUUGAACCUGCUUUCACUUCAGAUCUUCCCAUUUAUUAUGUGCAAAGUAAGUGCCCUCAGGACGACCUUCUAUUCCCACCAAUUUACUCCGUAGGAGAAGCUGACGCGCAGCAGUAUAUGGAAACAUUUCCAUACACGAUAGCAGGCUUUCACGUGGAUAAAGAAAUCGGAUGUGCUGAUGGUAUAAAUUUAUGGCGUAAAAAUUCUUCUGAGAUCAAUAAUGAGUUAUAUGAAGGUCAUGAAAGAAGUUCCCCACAGCGGAUCAAUCCAAUAUUUUCAGCUUUUGAUUUUCUAAAUUCAAAUGAGAAUGGAUUCAAUGUUACUGUAUGGUACAAGUCAACCUACAAGGAUGUCACUAAUUUUGGUCCUCCUGCAUUGUUGCGAAUUCCUCGUUCUGUAAAUUUGAUAUCAAAUGCCUACCUGCGAUUUCUGCGUGGACCUGGUACCAAAAUGUUAUUUGAGUUUGUAAAGGAAAUGCCAAAAUCUGAGACCCCAUUAAGGAUUGAGAUAGCUUCUCUCCUUGGCGGUCUGUUCUUUUCAUGGGUCGUCCUGCAACUCUUUCCGGUUGUUCUGACAUCACUGGUUUAUGAGAAGCAACAAAAAUUAAGAAUCAUGAUGAAAAUGCAUGGUCUUGGUGAUGGGCCAUAUUGGAUGAUUACAUAUGGUUAUUUUCUUGCCUUAUCAGUGAUCUACAUGUUGUGUUUUGUGACAUUUGGCUCAGUAUUAGGACUGAAAUUCUUUACCUUGAAUGACUACAGCAUCCAAUUCGUGUUUUAUUUCAUCUACAUAAACUUACAAAUUUCAUUGGCAUUUCUGUUGGCUUCGUUUUUUUCAAGUGUCAAGACUGCUACAGUAACUGCAUACAUAGGGGUCUUUGGAACCGGGCUAUUAUCCGGGUUUCUUUUCCAAUUCUUUAUCCAAGAUUCAUCAUUUCCAAGAGGAUGGAUCAUUUUUAUGGAGUUGUAUCCUGGGUUUGCUUUAUAUCGUGGGUUGUAUGAGUUUGCACAGUCUGCCACCAGUGGCAGUAAUGUGGGGACUGAUGGUAUGCGGUGGCAUGAUCUGAGUGAUAACGCGAAUGGCAUGAAAGAGGUCUUAAUUAUCAUGUUUGCUGAGUGGAUAGUAGUGCUUUUUGUUGCUUAUUACAUCGAUCAAGUGUUUUCGACAGGAAGUGGAAAAAGUCCACUUUUUUUCUUGAAAGGAUUUCAGAAAAAACCUCUUUCAUCAUGUAAGACGCUCAGUUUUCAAAGGCAGGGGUCAAAAGUUUUGGUUCAGAUGGAGAAACCAGAUGUCAUCCAAGAGAGGGAGAAGGUGGAGCAGCUGCUACUUGAGCCAACCAUUGAUCAUGCAAUUGUUUGUGACGACCUAAAAAAGUUCUAUCCAGGAAGGGAUGGAAAUCCAGGGAAAUUUGCAGUGAGAGAAUUGUCCCUUGCUGUGCCUCGAGGGGAAUGCUUUGGUAUGCUUGGUCCUAAUGGGGCCGGGAAGACUUCUUUUAUCAGUAUGAUGAUCGGUCUCACUAAGCCAACAUCUGGUGCGGCUUAUGUUAAAGGUCUCGACAUAAAAACUCAGAUGGAUGGAAUAUAUACUAGCAUGGGAGUAUGCCCACAGCACGACUUGCUGUGGGAAAGCUUGACAGGUAGAGAGCACCUCCUUUUUUAUGGUCGCCUUAAAAAUCUUAAAGGUCCAGUAUUGACUCAAGCAGUAGAAGAAUCUUUGAAGAGUUUAAACCUUUUCCAUGGAGGGGUUGCUGAUAAACAAGCUGGAAAAUACAGUGGAGGGAUGAAGAGGAGGCUUAGUGUUGCAAUUUCCUUGAUUGGAGACCCCAAAGUUGUUUAUAUGGAUGAGCCGGGUACUGGAUUAGACCCUGCUACAAGGAAAUGCCUAUGGAAUGUUAUCAGGCUUGCGAAACGGGAUCGUGCAAUCAUUCUGACGACACAUUCUAUGGAAGAGGCAGAGGCGCUAUGUGAUCGAUUAGGAAUAUUUGUAAAUGGUACCUUGCAGUGCAUUGGAAAUCCAAAAGAGCUGAAAGGCAGAUAUGGAGGAAUCUAUGUGUUCACAAUGACAACAUCUUCCGAGCACGAGAAGGAUGUGGAGAACAUUGUACAACAGCUCACCCCAAAUGCCAACAAGAUAUACCAUCUCUCUGGUACUCAAAAGUUUGAGCUUCCAAAAGAGGAUAUUAAAAUAGCGAAUGUAUUCAGAGCUGUUGAAGUUGCGAAAAGAAAUUUCACUGUUUUUGCAUGGGGUUUAGCUGACACCACAUUAGAAGAUGUCUUUAUUAAGGUAGCCCGCGAGGCUCAUGCAUUUGAUACCUUGUCAUAA